AUGGUUUGGAUUAAGUUAGAGUAUGAAGGAACACUAUUUUCUGAGUGGAGUGUGCCAGCAACUUGUUCUGUGAAAAAUAAAAGCUCACCCAAGACAGAACUGCGUUGUUCUUCUCCUGGUGUUCAGACUAUAAGACCAAUUGUCACAGGCCCAGAUUCAGAGGAAGAACGCAAUUUGUCUGUGGACAGUUCCCAUAUUUGUUUCCUGUGGUAUUAUAAAGUCAUAAAUUUCUUUCACAAUUUAACCCAGGUUGUUGUUAUAUGGAUAUAUGAUCCAGAAAAUGCAGACCCCAGUGAGUUGCUGUGGAAUGCAAAUGAACCUUCACUAAAUUCCAUAAUACUUACCAAGCAGUUGGCCACUUUGGGACAGAAGCCUGGCAUAUAUACAACUCUGAGGAGAAGAAUUUAUCUUCCAUAUGACAAAUAGGCUAAAAGAAGAAGUAGCAUGGCAAUCUGGACAGAAAAUGAAGUUUAUCUCGGAUAUACUUUUCUUAAAUUUGUCAAAAUAAUAACUACUGAAAAACUGAAAAAUCUUCUAAAUAUAUCAUCAGCUGCUACACUGACUAUACACAAUGUCGAGUAUCCAGGACACCCUUUGGAACUUGCCUUAUUAUUAAAUUACUGCACUGCAUGUAACAUCAACAAAACAAUUUAUGUGGUAAUAUACAAUGAAGAUACAGAACAGUGGGUGUACCAAGACUUUGCAUUAGAUGUCUCUACUGACAGUUUUUUAACCCCACAUUUUAUAUACGCAGCACUGCCAGAUUUAAUACUGCGGGACAAACAUCGGAUCUACUAUUGUUAUCACAAUUUCACCGAGACUGGAGUUUUACAAACACCUACAGAAUUUGGAAAUCUAUCAAGAUUAUCACAUAACAGCAUUAUUCAUGAUAUUUUCAUAGAUUAUUAUGGAAAUGUUGUGGUAAAAAUGGAAAAUAACAUAAUGUUUUAUUUCAAGAUCAAUAUUAGAGCUGCAAUAAAACUACAUUUAUGGACAAAUAGCACAAUGAAGUCAUUAAUUUUAUUGAGUUCAUCUGCUCAAAUAUAUCUCAUAUAUGUUUUUGAAAAUGGCACAGUACAGCCACGGGAAUAUCCUUUAAAACUGGAAUCACAAAGUGUACAUUUCACUACAAAAGAAAAAUGCCCCUACAUGGCAUUUCAUAAUAAUAUUUUAAGUGUUUUUUACUUUUUGGACAAGGGACAGAACCUGUCCAUUUGGGCUCAAAUAGUCUAUCCAGAAAAUGUUGGUCUGUAUAUUGUUGUGGAAUCAUACGGCCCAAAUAUAUUACAAGAGAAAGAACAGGUUCACUAUGAAAUUGCCCUAGGAUACUGCACUAAAACCACGACAGUAACAUUUUUUCAAAAUAUAAAUUAUGAGGCAGUAGAUGACUACUUCAAGUUGCAAGACCAGAACACGGGCCUUCGGCUUGUGCAGGUUCGGCCUAGUGAAUAUGCAAGAGCAUGUCCAAUAGCCCAAAAGGUGUUCCAAAUAGCUGUUGGCUGUGAUUCUACUAAAUACAUUGUUGUUAAAGGAUUUAAUAAAAAAGACUGUCUUCAGCAUGAUUUCUUUUACGUUAUUGAAAAGUCAUACCUGAGGAAUCAACCAUCUAAAAACUUGAGAGUAAAAUAUAAUUGGAAAAAAUAUGGCUGCCCAUUGAGACUUGAUUUCGGAGAAAAGUUUCACCCUUUGGUUCAAUUAUACAAUGACAAUGGCUACGUGGAAGACGUGGAAGUAAAUUUCAUUGUGUGGGAAAUACACGGCAGGAAGGACUACAGCUUUAAUAAUACCAUGAAGAAGAGUGGUUGUUUAAAUGAAGCCCAGACGUGGAAGUCAAUGACUAAGCUUAACCAGCACCUCCCACUAGAAGAAGCCUGGGGACCUGAAAACUAUAAGCACUGUUUCUCUUAUGCUAUUGGAAAACCAGGAGAUUUAAAUCAACCAUAUGAGAUAAUCAACAAGUCUAACUAUAACCAUUUAAUUUGGCCUGAGGACCAUUCUGGAAUGUAUGUGUUUCGUGUGAAGAUCCUGGAUCCAAACUAUAGUUUCUGUAACCUAACAGCUAUAUUUGCAAUAGAGACCUUUGGAAUGAUUCCCAGUCCAAGUGGCUACCUGGUUGCUGCCUUCCUAUUUGUCCUGAUGCUACUGUUCUUCAGUAUUCUAGUGUUGAGCUAUUUCCAUUAUAUGAGGAUUUAUAAACAAUAUCUUUAUGAACCAAUUAACAGAUAUGAUAGAAAACAAAAGAAUAAUUAG